GCCAUUUUGUUGGGAGCGAACUGCGUCUGAACAUUCACAGCCUAAGUACCACCCGACAUGGCCGAGUUCCCCGAAAUCCCACUGCCCGGAAACGAGAGCCUCAACGAAGUUGUUCGUGACCUCCUGCGCGGGAACAAGUCGUUGUCGCAGAUUCAGGUCAACAGCGACUACGUCAUCACCUGGAACGGCUUCUUCAACGUCAUUGAGGUGGUGCUGGCUGCCUCGCUGUUCCUGGUGGUGCACGUGAUGGCGGGCGGCGACUCGACGCUUCGCUGCCUGGCCACCGUCGCGUUCGCCAUGGCCGCGCAGGGCGUCCACUUCCUGCUGUGCGGACUCUUCUCGCCCGUCGUCAGCAUCAGCGUCGCCACCUCGUUCUACUACGUCUCCUUCCACUUCAUGGCCGUGCUCUUCUUCUUCGGCCCCGGCUUCUGCAGCAUCCUCAGCCUGCACCUGAGCAUACUCGAGUGCGCCGGAGGAAUCAUCGCUGGGAUAACAGCCGUGGUGCUGGCCGGCGUCCACCUCGUGCACGCCAUCUACUGCCUCACGGGUUCGGUGACCCGACACCACAACAUCAAGAUGUCCGACCUGCAAGAUACUUUCUCGGACCUCGUCCAUUGAGAUAUGUGCGAGCUGCCAGUGCCUCGCGCGUGGCGUCGUCAAAUACUUGCCGUUUGCUUGAAGUUCUUUGUUUGUUUAUACAUACUGCAACCCUAAGAGCGUUAUCGCAGGGUUGUUGGAACAUAAACCUGCAUUGCGUA